GUCCACUCCGUGGCCAUGGCAGGAAGGAGGGGGCGCAGGACGUGAGCAUGCCCAUGAUGGCUCAUCCCCCAAUGGUAUACGCCCCUCCUGAUCCGGCUAUACACCCCCGUGCUCCCCGUGGACGUCGAGAUGGAGGCUCGGAAGGAGGAGCGACGUGUUACAGCGCGUGUCGAAGGUGCGUCCCUAUCAGUCUGUUCAAGACUCUCCAUAUGCUUUUGUCCGUACCGUACAUCUGCGUUCGGUGCAGAGGAAUGCAUCGCGCAACGGCGGCGGCUCCUCGAACCCGGCCCGCGUGCGCGACCCCGCCUGCGCAGGUACAUCCCCGACUACCUCCUCGCUGCGCGUCGAUGACACACCCGAGACCGCCGUGGCUCGACGCGUCCGUGGGCCCUCUCUGGCGCGGCGACGGAGCUCGAAGCCGAGGGCGUACCCGUCUGCCAGUAUUGCCUCCUCACAAUCGACUCCCACCCUCCCCUCGCCCACGCUACACCUUUGCCCGAGCCCGAGUGCACCCCUUCCUUGCCCGCCGACUCGCUCCCUGCCCUCGCUGCCAUUUCCCUCCUAUCCCCGCUGCCCCCGACCCCCAACCCGGCCCCUGGGUCGUGCAGCCCCGCGGACUGGGAGACGGUCUAUGCCCACCUCGCGGAGCACCGUGCCACCCUCGCGCACCUCCAGCGCGCCAUGCUCGGCGCGUGGGCCCUCGUGGAGGAGGUCGUCAUGCCUGUCAUGCGGCAUCAGCACGCGGGCUUGCCGUUCGACCGACAGGACCUC